AGAAGCAUUUCUUCACUCUCCCUGCUUUUCACAAAAAUCUCAGCUCAAGAAAAAAGCACCCAAACAUGUCCUUCGUCUCGCAGCUAACCCUAAACCCUCUAUUGCUAAACCCGCCACGCCACCGUCUCACCUCCAAGCCUUGCCUUCUCCUUGCGCGAAACUCUGUCGGGAUCGCCGCUGCCAAAUCCACCAACAAAUUCAACUUGAUCGUCGGGGCCCGACCAUCGACCCGGGUCCGAUCGGCGAACGAUGCCGAGAGGGAGGUCGAGUCGAGCGGGGAUGUAAAUGUGGCCGUGGAGGAGAAGCCGGCUGAGCCGGAGCCAGCGGAGAUCAGUCGGCUGAAGAAGGCUUUGGUGGACUCGUUUUAUGGGACUGACCGUGGGCUGAGCGCCACCAGCGAGACCCGGGCCGAGAUUGUGGAGCUUAUUACCCAGUUGGAGGCCAAAAACCCGACUCCGGCUCCGACCGAGGCCUUGCCUCUCCUCAAUGGCAAAUGGAUUCUAGCGUACACUUCAUUUGCGGGUCUGUUUCCGUUGUUGUCAAGAGGGACGCUUCCAUUGGUGAAGGUUGAAGACAUAUCUCAGACAAUUGACUCUGAUAAUUUCACCGUACAAAACUCUGUCCAAUUUGCUGGACCGCUGGCUACCACUUCCAUCAGCACCAACGCGACAUUUGAAGUCCGAAGCCCCAAGCGCGUCCAGAUUAAGUUUGAAGAAGGCGUAAUUGGCACCCCACAACUAACAGACUCGCUGGUGAUACCCGAAAAUGUUGAGUUUCUAGGACAAAAAAUCGAACUCGCACCCUUCAAAGGUUUGCUCAAUUCUGUUCAAGAUACUGCUUCAUCUGUUGUAAAGACCAUCUCCAGUCGACCCCCUUUUAAGUUCUCCAUCUCAAGUAAUGCCCAGUCGUGGUUGCUAACCACGUACCUCGAUGGAGAGCUCCGGAUUAGCAGGGGAGACAACGGCAGCGUGUUCGUGCUAAUCAAGGAAGGCAGCCCCCUCUUGACUCCCUGAACAAAACUCACUUUAGCAGCGUUUAUGGUGUGAUAUAUAUAUAUAUAUAUAUAUAUAUAUAUAUAUAUAUGUAUGUAUGUAUAACGUAUGUACUUGUUCAAGGACAUGAGAUGUAAUUUUCUACAGUGAAUGAAUGAAACUCAAUAUGCUUGAGAAACAAUGUUGUGCAUAGCAGAAUUCUGCACAUAAAAUUCGAAUCUCCUCUCUGUAAUUUAGAAUUUAAAUGAGAUUUGACCAUUUUUUCAA